AUGGCUGACCAUUCGGGCAACGCGCUGAAGCGGCCUCAUCCCGAGGAUGACGGCAGUAACACUCAGAAAAGGACCCGAUCAAACAAUGGGUCUCCUGCACCUGGUCAAGGAGGUCCUACCGCUGGGAAGGUUGAUAUCGAGAAGAUGGUCGCGGAGGCGCGAGCUAAAGCUGAAGCUGUGCGCGCUCGUCUACAGGCUGCUCGAGGCGGCGUGUCACCUGCAGUGCCUUCAACAGAGUCAAGUCCCAGCCCAGCACCACCGGCUAUGAGCCCCGCUAUGUCUAGGCUGGAGCAGAUGAAGGCGAGAGUAGCAGCAGCUACGAGUAGGGCUGGUGCAGCAGCGUCCCAACAGCGAACGAAUGCCCCGGCGCCGUCCUACCAACCCCCGAUGCUUGACGAUGAAGGCCUCUCGAAGGCUCGCGGUGGUCUGGACGUCGGACUUCAUCCAGCUCUACUUUCCGAUACGACGCCGAGUUUCCGUGGGGCCAAGGGUCGUCAACAGUCAAAGACGGGGAAUCGGCGCAUGGAUCCCAGCAAACAGCUCGACUUGUCCGGCCCAUCGAUCGAGGAAAUUAAGAACCAACCCUACUUCGACCCAAGCCUUGGCCCCAAGGCAACGGUAGCAAAGCCGCGCCAUUCUCGGCAACUUAUUUUCAAUGAGAAGGGCAAAUACAUCCAACAAGCCGCUGCGCUGCGUCGGCAGGCGCAGCUGGAGGCCAUGAAAAAGCGGAUCGCGGAGAAAGCAAGACAGGCUGGUAUUGAUGAAGAUUUGGACGUGGAGAAGUCAUACUUGGUACCAGCUCCCCCGGCUUUGGAAUGGUGGGAUGAAGGCUUGAUCAACGGUAGCGACUAUGCUGCCAUUGAUGACCCAGCAAACCUCAAGGUCGACACCCCCGACACCAUCAUUACCCGUUACGUCCAACACCCCAUCCUCCUCGAACCGCCUCAAGAGAGGCACAUGCCGACCCAGAAGCCGAUGUAUCUCACGCCGAAGGAACAAGCCAAGAUUCGUCGGCAGCGCCGCAUGGCAGAUUUAAAGGAACAACAAGCAAAGAUCAGGCUGGGAUUGGAGCCGGCACCGGCUCCCAAGGUCAAAAAGUCCAAUCUUAUGCGGGUUCUAGGUGAACAAGCUGUCAAAGAUCCUACGGCUGUGGAAGCCCGUGUCAACAGGGAGAUCGCAGAGCGGAAAGAGGCACACGAAAUUAUGAACGAGGAACGCAAGUUGACUCAGGAUCAACGACGUGAGAAACUUGCAGCCCAACAGGAGAAGGAUGCCGAACUAGGCAUUUAUGUAUCCGUCUACCGAAUCGACAACCUUGCUAGCGGCCGGAACCGCUUCAAGAUCAAUAAGAAUGCUGAGCAGAAUGCUCUGACCGGAAUCUGUGUCAUGCAUCCGAAGCUUAACCUGGUGAUUGUGGAGGGUGGCAAGCAUUCUAUUAACAAUUACCGGAAACUGAUGCUCAACCGAAUCGACUGGACCGACAACCCUGGUCCAGGAGUAUCAGAUGGAAAAGACGAAGGUCAGCCUAUUUGGCUGUCCACUGAGGAUGAAAAGGGUGAACUGCGGGAUUUUGGCAACAACACUUGCACACUUCUCUGGGAAGGCCAAGCGAAGACCCGGGUAUUUAGGAAAUGGCUGGGCGCCAGAAUCUGCGAGUCUGAUUCGGCGGCCAAAGACGUUUUGACCCGUUCCAAGAUGGAGAACUUCUGGGCUCUAGCAAAGAGCGCCAAGCCAGCUGAAUUUUGA